UAGCCUUCUCUCUAACUAACACGUUUAUACGAGUGGAGUUUGAGAAGAAGGCUAAGCUACUUAAUGGAAGCCAAAUUGUCUCGGGUGCUAGUCCUUGUGGCUAAUAAGGGAUACGAGCUUCUUUUCUCUGUGGCGGAAAUUGACUUCCAUGAGGGGAUAUGGUUGAUAUGGUGGAAGAUCAGAGAGAAGGUGAUCAUUCCAAUGGUGAACUUUGCUGUGAUCUUGUGCUUGGUGAUGUCGAUAAUGGUGUUUAUUGAAAAGGUAUCAAUGUGUGCUGCGAGCCUGUAUGCUAAGGUAUUUCGGCGCAGGCCACAGAGGAUAUAUAAAUGUGAUCCUAUAGCGGGGGAUGAGGAGACCGGAAACUUAGCUUACCCUAUGGUUCUCGUCCAAGUUCCUAUGUACAAUGAGAAGGAGGUGUACCAGCUGUCUGUAGGAGCUGCAUGUAACAUAUCAUGGCCUAGCAAUAGGAUCAUAAUUCAAGUUCUCGACGAUUCUACAGAUCCAAUCAUCAAGGAAUUGGUGAGAAAUGAGUGCGAGAAGUGGCUAAAGAAAGGAAAGAAUAUUAAAUACGAGACGAGGAAUAACAGGAACGGAUACAAAGCAGGUGCCCUCAAAGUAGGGAUGACAUAUGAUUAUGUGCAGCCAUGCGAAUAUGUCGCCAUGUUCGAUGCUGAUUUUCAACCUUCACCCGAUUUUCUCAUGAGAACAAUCCCUUUUCUUGUUCACAAUCCAGAUAUUGCUCUUGUGCAAGCUCGCUGGAAAUUUGUAAAUGCCAAUGAAUGCCUAAUGACAAGGAUGCAGGAGAUGUCAAUGGACUACCACUUUAAGGUGGAGCAAGAAUCAGGUUCAUCGACUGUCGCAUUCUUUGGUUUCAAUGGAACUGCUGGUGUUUGGAGAAUCCAGGCCAUCAAUGACGCAGGAGGAUGGCAAGAUAGAACUACAGUAGAAGACAUGGAUUUAGCAGUUAGAGCAGGGCUCAAAGCCUGGAAGUUUGUUUAUGUAGGCAACGUGCAGGUUAAAAGUGAACUUCCAAGCACUUUCAAGGCCUAUCGUUAUCAACAACACAGAUGGUCAUGCGGACCUGCAAAUCUUUUCAGAAAAAUGUUAUGGGAUGUUAUUUAUGCCAAGAAAGUAUCCCUGUGGAAGAAAUUCUACGUGAUCUACAGCUUUUUCAUAGCCCGAAGGAUAGUAUCACAUACUGUCACAUUCUUCUUUUAUUGUGUGGUGAUCCCUUUUUCUGUGUUCUUCCCCGAAGUUGAAAUCCCAAAAUGGGGAAUGGUUUACCUCCCAACAACCAUUACUCUUCUCAACUGUGUUGGAACUCCAAGAUCUAUCCACCUAGUCAUCUUCUGGGUAUUGUUUGAGAAUGUAAUGGCCCUGCACCGAUGCAAAGCUGUCUUCAUUGGCUUAUUAGAAGCCGGGAGAGCUAACGAGUGGGUAGUCACUGAGAAAUUAGGAGACCUACUGAAAUCAAAUUCAGCUGCAAGUAUCGCUAAGAGAUUCCAAAGCAAGUUUUGGGAGAGAUUUCAUAUCUUGGAGCUCGUAGCAGGGGCGUACCUAGUAUUGUGUGCUCUCUAUGACUACGUCUAUCGUGAUGACUACUACUUCAUCUACAUCUUUCCUCAGGCUAUCUCAUUCAUAAUCAUGGGAUUUGGUUAUAUUGGCACCAUUGUUCCUAGAGACAAGUAGAGGCAAUAUUGUGGAGACCAGUAUCACGCAACCUCUUUUGUCCUUCUUCAUGCUUUGAUUCUUUUUCCCCACCCUGGAUGAUCCACUACAAUUGUUAAUAUGGCAUAUAAUAAAAGAUCCCAUGCGGUUGACACAAGAGUUAUGGUUGGACAGUGCGAUAAUUAUCAGACAAACAGUAGUGAAUGGAUAUAAGUUCAUUUGUAUUUGUUUGUCUUCCAAAAUGUCAGUACUAUAAUUUUUGUAGCAGGUGGCAUCUUAAGCCACAGAAUGUGUAAUUCAAAGUCUAUCUGAAUAAGAUAAAUCAAGUUGCCAGUUUGCUUUUUCA